AUGUCAAUUCCUCCUGACUCCAAAGCCGACCUUGAGUGGUUCAACUUUGAGAACAAAUUGCAUGAAUAUGUCACACAAAGGCUUGCACCUGUCAUCUCAAUGGUCAAACAGAAUGAAGAAUACAGUCUAUAUCAGGACACCCAGAUCAGCGAACUUCGGGAUAAAUAAUUCCAAGCUAAAGAAGCAUAUUUACCAGAUAGAGAAAUAAACAAAGAUUGUUCGAUGAUCUCAAGGAAGAGCUCUUCUCCUUCAAGCAACAAGUACGGAGCCAUAAUAUCCUCAACCGGGAAGAACAUGCUAAAGUUAGGACUGACAUUGAGAACUUCAAACAAAAUAUUAAAUCCUUCUCUGAGACUACCGAAGAUGUAGAUGGCAUGGUAAAAAUUGUUAAGACCGAGCUUGACAAGCUCCAAGAGACCAUCAUGGAUCACAAGGCAUUUUAUACCAAGGAGUUAGCCAAUGCAAAGACUUAUGUUACUGAUACCUCCACAGAUAUGCAGUCAGAAUUUGAAAAAUUAAAACUUAAAUAUAACUUUGACUCUGCUCUCAUUGAAGUUAAGAAGAAGGAAAUCAACCAAAUGAGUAUCGAUGUUAGUAUACUCAAACAGACAAUGAAGGAAGACCAAGAGAGCCUAAUUGAUCUGGUUAACUUCAAGAAUGUCUUUGAGAAAUCCCUCAACAAGUCAGGCCCUGAUGCUAUAGAAAGGCUAUUUCAGAUGUCCUCAGAAGCAAUGAAGAAUAACUCCUCUCAUGACAUCCAGAUCUUGUCAAACCAUAUUAACCAAGUUGAGCAGGAGCUUAAGAGAACUGAUAAUUUUAUUGAGAAGCAGUUGCCUCUACAGUACACUACUGCUUUUGGAGAAUUACUAGAUUACACAAUUCCUUCGAAAAAUGUUCGUGAGAAACUCAUGGAGUAUAUGGAUUACAAAAUCACAGAGUAUAACGAAGCUAUUGACAAAGAUACUGGCUGGCCUACAGCCAGCAAGGAACUUGUCAAAGCCAAGGUUACCGGAUUCAAGUACUCCGAGUUAACGAUUCCAGAACUGGUGAAGCAAUUGAAAUUAAAAUCAAAUAGGGCCAAGAAGUCUCCAAAAACCUCACCUAAGUUGAAGAACAAGACUAAAUUUAUACCAAGAAUUGGACUUGAUAGAUUUAUCAACAGAUCUCCACAAAGUAACUGGGAUAGCCAAGAUAGAGGGAGCGAGAAUAAUGACCAAUUGUGCCUCCAGUCUACAGACAGAAUCAAUGUCGACAUAAAAGGAGCUAAAAGUGAUAUGCAACCUGGUGAUUUCGGAGAUGAUUAUAACUAUGCCCCUGUUCAAGACAUCCAAGUCAAAGAUGAAGAAAAGCAACUAGACAAGGUUCUUAAAAGUGUAUCCGAAUCGUACAAGCAAUCAGAUAGCAAACAUGGUCAUAAAGAAUCAACUCAAUCCAAAAAUGAAGGUGAAGGUAUACCAAAAAUUUCACAAUCAGCAAACAGCAAAGACACUAAAUUUAUCAAAAAUCAGCAUAGCAAGGAAGCAGAGAUUAAAACCCUUCACAAAGAAGCCUCUCAGGUUGAUCAGAUUUGUCAAGAGGAUGAAAGCCCGAACAGGAUUUUAAGGAAUAAAACCUUGCCUUCGAUGCCAACUAAUGCUGUUAAAAAGGUUACUUUUGAUGAAACCAAGCCAAUGUCAAGACAAGGGAACUUGACAAUUUCAACACUAGUUAAAGACCACUCUCUCAAGAUGAAAAGAAAGAAAAUUCUAAAGGAGAAUACCAUCACAGAAUUUGACCAGAAUCAUCUGAUGCCAAAUCGAAAACUCAAAAUCAGGCGGAAAAGCUCUGAUAAAUCAGCUAGAAUAGAAGAAGAGGAGAAGAUAGACGACAACGAGUCCUUUGGAUCAAGGAAAUCUUCACCAACAGCAGUGCAACAAAGGAUCAAGAAUCCCUUCAUUUUUGAAGAUAUUUCUUCUACUAGCGAAGAGGCUUCCAACAAGUCGUCCUCUAAUCAAACACCUUCGAGUAGUUAUAGAUCAGGUAACCUCAAACUGAUCCAGUGAGACAAGGAUAGCACGAAGGUGAAUGCCAAGCCAAAGGUGCCGCUUAUCAAAGUAGUACCUAUGAAGACCAAGAAGAAGCUCCAAAAUGAGCCUAAGAAAACUGUUUUCCAAAGAGGUAAAUCAGUGGGGUCACCAGAAUCUCCAAAUUAUGAUGAAAAUUUCAAGAGAGAUGAAACUCCACCUCAAUCUCAGAAUACAUUACGCUCUGACCACAAAACUCUUGAAGCAGAAUUUGAGGUUAUCAAAGAAUCUGCUGAACAAAAAGAGGACACUAACACAGAGAAGGAAGAGUCUGAGAGUCAUUCCUUUAAAAAUAGUGACCAAGAUAGCCUUGAAGAGUCUGAAUCCGAGAUCUCUGAAGAGGAAGCAGCCUCGAUUAUCGAGCAUUCCACAAUCAGCAGGGCAACUAUGAAGAGGCUGACUCUGGUCAGGAAGCCUACCCUUGAGGAUUUUGGCCUUCAAAGCCCGACUAAGCUUAAAACUAUGACUGAUACAAACAAUAAGAAUCUGAAGCAAGAAUUUUUUGCCGACAACCAGAAAAGAGAUGAGGAAAUAAAGCAGCAAUACCAGGAAUAUGUCUCACUCAAGACUAACGAACUUUCUGUUGACAUCCAGGGAUUGUCCAAAAAGCUGGCAGACUAUCAGCAGAUAGCACAGGGUCUUCGAGAUCAGGUUACCGAGGAUUUUCUUGCUCACUUGAAAGAAGAAACAAAAAGAAGAAUAAGAGACAGGAAUGACUGUGAGCUGAAAUUCGACAAAAUAGCUAAGCAAAUUUAUAAAAUUAAUGAAAACGAGUUAAUUACCAAGUCAAAUAUUACAUCGGUGGUUGACCUACUGAAGUCUCUGAUAACUUUGUUUCAAAUCAACGACAUGCUGGACAUAGACAUAGCUGAGAUAGACACUGGGAAGAACUGAAAGCAUCUAAAUUCUGUAGUAAUAUCUCCAUUUAAGAGGAUCUGUGCUGGCCAUGAUGGUGAAAAGCUCACUAUUAACGGCCAACAGGCUGACAAAAAAACUUUAGAAACAAGGAAAGAACAAAUUUUAGACGACAUUGAUCUAAUUUUUAACCAGCAGUUGAAAUCUCUCUGUUCAAAAGAAAACCAUAUAAACUUGACUGACAUAAAGGUAAACACCGAUAUGCAGAGAACUUACUGUGAUGACUCCAAGUUCAUCGCUAUUCCAAAUGCUAUGGAUAUCCAGGGCAGUGAGAAAGAGAGGAAUGCCUUCAGAAUCAGGAAUAGUAAGAGCAUUGGAUCAACCACUACUUAUCAGCAGAUCUGUAAAAAGCAGUCUUCUGCUAAUACCACUAUUAGUAAUUUUUACCCUAAAAAAAAGCCUCUGAAGAUGGGCAAAGCUAACUUUAAAAACGAGAGCAUUGAUUAUGCUGAUACAAAUCCACCCAGAUUUAAAUUGAACCCAAGAAGAUCGAGUAGAGUUCAUAUGGCACAUACCUUGUCUCGACUAGGAAAUAGAUCUGCGUCAAGUCAAAACACGUUUAGGACGAUAUCCAAUGUGAGGGAGAACAACUAACAAGGAUAUUCCAGAGUCUUAGCUAAUU